UCUUCUAAUAGGUAUAUAAAAAGCAGGGAACCAACCAAAUCCCUUCUCUUCUCCACCUUUCUUUCUUGUUUGAAUCCCCACCAUGGCCAAGACCAAUAUCCUCCUCAUCUUCACCAUUUUCUUCCUCUCCCUCCUAAUUGCCGGAAAAUCUCAGGUUUUCUCGAGAAAAUUGUCCCCGAAAGGCCUCGGCCUCAAGAAAGAGAAGCUCAGCCACCUCCGCUUCUUCUUCCACGACAUAGUCAGCGGCAGAAACCCAACCGCCGUCCGCGUCGCAGAAGCCGCCGUCACCAAAGAUUCGGCCACCGGGUUCGGCGCCGUGGUCGUUAUGGACGACGCCUUGACAUUGACGCCGGAGCCGACCUCCAAGCAAGUGGGAAGGGCUCAGGGGAUCUACACGUCUGCGGGGAUGAAGGACGUUGGAUUGCUGAUGGCUUACAACUUCGCGUUCACGGAGGGGAAGUACAAUGGCAGCGCCCUGAGUGUGCUGGGGCGGAACACGGUGUUCUCGGCGGUGAGGGAGAUGCCGGUCGUCGGCGGCAGCGGCCUUUUCCGAUUUGCACGUGGGUACGCACAGGCGAGGACUCGCUGGUUCAACCUCACGAGUGGGGAUGCUGUUGUGGAAUACAAUGUCUACGUCUUCCAUUAUUGAACGCUUAAUUAGUUAUCGAUCCCUUAAUCAUCUGUAUUUGCAGUCGUAUCGAUAGAAGAGACGCUUCGUUCACCUUCAACUCAAAUCUUGAUCAACUGUGUCUCUUAAUUAUUUAAUUUUUAUUAAACACUUUCCUGUUCGCAUAA